AUGUCAGAGAAAUCAUCACCGCCGAAAGAAUCUAUUCUUUCGGUUUCACACCUCCGUUCACUGCCUUCAUCAAUCAAAAGAAGCAGGAGUGUAAAAUCGCAGAAUUUCCCUGCAGAGACUGUAACAGUUCACUCUGACUCCAGUGAAAUGAAAAGUAACGUACAAGCGAGUAGCGGCAAAAGUGCGGCAUCUCGUAGAAUCACACAAUUCACAACUUUAGAUGCCUUUGGAUUAUCUCCGGAAGUGGAAAUGACCCCGCGUACACCCAAAAGUGAACCGAAAAAGACAACUAUUCAUAAAAACUCUAAUAACAGUUCUCUUGAAGCAGCAGCUCUACGUCGUUUAAAUGCUAUACGUAUGAAAAUCAAAAUGGCCAAUGCUAUUGUUCAGAAUGCAGUACAAAAUGCCAAAGUUCCAAUGACACCAGAGGAACGCAAAAGAGAAAUGCUUCAAAUAGAAGCAGCAAAACUUAUUGUAUUUGUUGGUAGACAGUUUAAUAUUCGAGAGGAAUUACAGAAUGUUCUUGGGAAUGCAUUUGAUGAUAGAGAUGGCCUUGGACAAUAUCGCAACACUAGCACAAGUGAUCUUCCAUUUGUUACUAGAGAAGCUCCACCUGAUUUGUCUUUGAAAGAAUUAAGACGAGUGACUGCUGAGAUGGAAACGGUAUUAGAACAAGAGAAGGUGAAGAGGGGUAAAACCGGGAAAGAACCACAACUUACAGCAAAUAAAGUAAAUUCAAACCUCUCAGAAAUUCUUUGGAUUAUUGAAUCAUUAGAACUGGAAAUGCCGGCUUCACAGUACUCAGAUUUGGAAGAAGAAAUAACAGCCACAUCUCUUACCAGUACCAAAAGCAGUAGCCCAAUGAGUCAAAUGCUCAAACAACGAGAAGAACAAAAACAAGAAGAAAAACAACAAAAACAACAACAACAACAACAACAACAACAACAACAACAGCAGCAGCAGGAACAACAACAACAACUGCAGUCAUCAUUAUCUCAGAAGAAAAUAGUGGCGGAAGUUUUACAAAAGAGGAAAUCCCUGAGCCCAUUAACAUCAGAUGUGGCGCGUAUGAGUACUUUUAAUGGCAGUUCACAAACAAGCGCUGGGGAUUCACAAACAAGUAGUGAUAAGGAAGAUAGAAUGGUUGCUUUUUCUGUGGAUAACGAAUCUGUUGGUUGUGCUAUACCAGAGGUUGCUGAAUUAAAACUGCUUCAAUUCAUGUAUGAUGCCAUCACUCAGGGUGGUGGAUAUCCAGGAAUUCAUGCUGAUAAGGAUGAUGAGAGUAAUCUUCAGUAUUCUCAAGCAAAAGAAUUACAAGGAAACACUUCCCUUGAUUCCGCAGCUAUUUUACCACGCUCUCCAGGAAAAAGUGGUCCUCAUAAAUCUCCUCAUUUAGCAAAGCGAAUGCCUACAAAAACUCCUUAUCGGAUACCAUGGACCGAAACAGGUGUGUUAAAGUCUAUAGUUAUGGAUUUAGAUGACGAAUCAGAGCGGAAAGAAGAAGACGAAGAAGAAGAGGAAGAAGAAGAAGAAAUGAGGCGUGCUCGCAGUGAUAGAACAGGAGGCACAUCGGCAAAUCGAUUAUCAAUGUCUACAAUGCAGUCAACUGCACCAGACAUGCCAUCAUUCGCAUCAUGGAUGCGACCGGCACCUCCCUCUGUGCGUGUGCAUCCCAUGCGUGCCGAUCUUAUUGAAAUCCUGCAGAAACUCUAUGAAAAUUUUAACUAUAAUCAACACUUUCGAGAGUUUCGAACACCAAAGGAUGGUACUGUAGGGAAGUCUCAGGAGGAAUAUGCGGAAGAGAUAAGAAAACGGUUAGAUCAACAAAAAAAUGAAAGACGACAACGUGCUGAAAAAAAAGAUGAAGAAGAUGACAUUGUUGCUAAUUGGAGAGGAAAAAGUCCAUCUUUAACAGAAUCUGAACUCAUGCGGAAGCGGUCUAGUAUGAGAAAGCGUGUAAGUAUUUUGGAUGAACCUGAAUGUGCUCCAUCGGUUGUAGAGAAAGAACCAUCACCACCAACACCAGAAGAACUACCGGUUCGUAGAACUCCAACUCCUUUACCCACUGAAAUUUAUGAUGAAACAAUUCUCUUAUCUGUGGAGCUGGGUGAGGGAUUACUAUUUGUGAUGAAGGGACGAAAAAAAAGUCCAGAACUUCAAGUAAAACGGAAGAAACGAGGUAGUUCUGUAGUUGCAGAAGAACGAAAAAAAAAGGGUGGAAGAGACAGAAAUAGUAUUACAAAUAAUAAUAGUAGAAGUAGUCUAGGUGGAGAUAAAAGUAAGAAUGAGAAGGAUAGACCAGGAUCAGUAUCAACGCGAUCUGUGGAGGCAGGUGCAACGAAAAGCGAACCUGAUUUUGAUAGCUAUACACUGUAUGCUAUGAAUCAAUCUGACAAGCCUGUAUCUGGUAUUGUUAAUAUUGAUGUGAAAAAAAUUCAAAAUUUAAAGCUUAGGGCUCUUCUUGAUUACACUGUAGCGAAAAAAGUUAUCACUGUGAAAUUACCUCCACAUAACAGUCAAGCAGUAUUAACACUUCAACCUAUUAAGAAAGGAAAGGGAGUAUUAUUCAAAGAUGCGUUGAGUUUUGAAGAAGAAGAAGAAGAAAAACCACAAACUGAGCAACAACAGGUAUCUAAAGGUGCUGAUAAAGGAAAUCUUUUAAAGACACGUUCAACAAAAAAAAGUUCCUUACAAAGUACGGCGUCAAAUGUAACGUCAACAGGAACUUUUCAGUCAACUUCUUCCCCUGUUUCUCGUUCAGGAGCAGAAGGUGUAGCGGAAGGAUUGCCGGAAGGGAUAAAAGUUUCUGCUGCAGCAAUUCUAGAAAAAGAUGAUCGUAUAGCUGAUACUUCUGCUUCUGCUGUUGAUUCUACUGGAAAUAAAUCAAGGAGGUCAGAUGCUCAAAUGAGUAAGGUCCCUUCAGGAAAGAAUAUCUCUGACGCCAAGGAAGGAGAGGUAAAGAAUGAUGAUGAUGAUGAAGAUAAUGAUUACGGUCUUGGUGAGAUGAAAAAGAAUAAAAGUACUUAUAGGAAGGGUUCAGUUAACUUACCAUUCCCUGGAAAUAUUGGCUCUGAGUUAAAAUGGGAUAAUGUAGCGGGUGAAAGAACUCAGGAGGAUGGAAAUUUUAAUGAUGAUCUUUUCUCAGAGGAUGAUGAAGCGAAAGGUGAACAUGGUUCAUGGAAUAUCAACAACAUUCCAGAAUCUGAAGAAGGUGGAGAAGGAAAGGAAAGGAAAGGAAAAUCAAAGCCACAGAGUGGAAAGAUAAUCUCAUCAAGAGGUGAACUUGAAUAUGUGAAUUUGAAUAAUCAGGGAAGAAUGCCAGAAGGAAAGGAAAUGGGUAUGAAAUAUGCAGGUAAAGGUGAUACAGGUCACGGCAUUUUUACUGAUGAUCAGACGGGUGGUGGUUCACCAACGUUAACACCUGUAAGUGAAUGGGGAAAACCUCUUAAGGAUCCAAAUGAAGAGGCACUUGAAAGGGAACGUGUAAUGCUCUCUGUGUUAAACUCUUCUGCUUGGACUUCUGAUGCUCCUAAUGCUGCAGCAAGAGCUACUGGACGUACAAGUGAGGAUGAAAAGAUGGAUGCUGUUGUAGAUGAAGCUCUUAAAGACUCUGGUUCCACUACUCCUUCACAACGGUAUCCAAGUGGACGUCCUGGCAGCAAACACCAAGGUGCUGAACAAGUUGUAGCCAACUUCCUUCAUCAUAUGGCAGAAGAAGACCAAUUAGGUCAAGGAUAUAUUCAAGGUGAUGAAGAUAUGGAUAAUAUGCUUUCUUCUCUUGAUGCUGGUGAUCCUUCCUUGCGUGUUAAGUCUGCCGCCGCUCAGCGAAAUCAAAUGCAAACUCAAGGGGAAAAUAUUGGAGAUUUUCCUCUUUUGGAUUUGCACCAGCAAGAAGGAAGUCAAGAAUGGCAACAAGCCUCUCGAUUAACUUCUGCAGCAGAUAAAAAAAUGAAAUCUGGUGGUGGUGGUGGUGAUUUAUCUUCUUCUAAUACUAAAUAUCAUUCCUCUACAUCAGGGAAAGGACUGUCGAAUGAAGAAAUGCAAGCAAGACUUUCAUAUAGACAAACUUCAGAUGGACAUCCUUAUUCUAAUGAUACUUUAGGUGCUUCUGGUACUCCUGGUACUUCUGGUGUUUUCUGUGAGGCUUGCGCUGGAACCUUUCACCAUGCCUCCGAUUCUACUCACAGAAAAGGUAGUGAUAGUGCUACUGAAAUUACUCGACAUUCUUCACAAGUUACAUCAGCUAUGCAUCGGAAGAGUAGAAAAGGGAGUAUGAGUGUAAUAACAGAUUUUGAAGAAGGUCAAGAAAAGAAUAUGAGUACAAGAGUACCAGAUGAAAAGUCCUCUGUUGUCAUGCAAUCACGUUUAGCAUAUGAAAUGAGUCUUGCACAACAACAAGCACAACAACAUGCACUGCAACAAUAUCAAUUACAGAGACAAUCAAAGACAGCAGUAGCAACUAGAGAAGAACGUGAACAAGCUAUUAUGAAAGAAGAAGAACUAGUGUCACCAGGUCGAAUGCGUGUAUAUACAGAAACACGUCCAGGUGGCCGAGUUGCUCUCCUUGUGCCUGAGAAAAUGGACACUGUUCCAGUUCCAUCCUCCACUGAUAUCCCAGGGGCAAAAACUGUUAAUAAAAUGCCGGUAUCAGAACCCAAAAAAUCGGAAUUAACUCCUGUUGAAAUGUUUGCAAAAGGUAUUCGAAGCUCCCUACAUAGUAAUGCACGUCAGGUUAUUGCACAUGGUGGUGGCAAUAACACUUCUAAUCGUGAAUUCAUUUACCGUCGAACAAGUGAAAAGGCUUCAAGAAGGAAAAGUGUUGAUGGCGUCCGUUAUGCCGCACUUCCCCCACUUUCUGUUCUCUACGCACCUGAUGCAGUUCGGGAGGUAGAUGAUGUGGAAGCUGCAGAGGAGGAGGCACGAAAUCUCUUUAUGCGUGAUCCUGCAAGGUACGACUGUGUUGUGGAUGAUCUCGUAGCCCGUGCUUUGGAGAAAGUCCGGGAAGAAGAGGAAAAGGAACGAAUGGCACGAGCCCAAAAUGUAUUAUUCAUCCAACGAAUCCUCCCCUCCGCUGCUGGUGCCCCGCACAGAGCUGUUGGAGCCCGCGCCUCCUCCUCCACCCACAUUUGCAUUGAACUCGACACGCAUCUCGAGCAGCAGCGGCGGGCGCGGCGGGUCAUUGCGUACAUUCUUCUCGAGAUGCGGCGGAUGUGGCGGCGGCGCGAGAUGGAGGCGAAUGUCGCGCUGCGGAGUGCCGUCGAUCUUCAGAUCCGCCGGGCCCGCCGCCUCGCCUGGCGGGUGGAGCGGCGGCGGGUGUUGGGCCUCCGCGCGGUGCUGAACGCCCUCGACCGGGCGACCGGCCGGCGCCGCGGGUGGAUCCCGCCGAUCCCGCCGACCGCCGCCCACAACCGCCACCCCGCCGGCUGGAGGGACGAGGACGGCGACGGCGUCGUGCUGGAGGAGUGGGAGCGCUGGCCGUGGCGCCCGCCCAUGUCCCUCGCCAGGCCGCAGCGCAUGCUGCCCAUUCAGGUGGUGCGGCAGACCCCCGCCUACAGCCCCUCGCCACUCUACCAACACGUGGAGGAACCACAGCAACAACAUGUGCUGUUCGGAUACAAACGGACAAUGCUGGAGCCGUACAUGUCACCGGCCGUGCGCAUGCGAUAUGAGCGUCGCACACGACACGUGGCACCGUUUCAGAGACCCACGAAGAAGUUUUCACCACAUGAGGAGUGGUUGGAUGGAACACCAAAAAUAUAA